CAGGUUACGAACCUGCGACCUUCGCACUAUUAUCAAAACGCUCUUACCAACUGCGAUAACAGGCCUUGCCAAUUUUGCAGUAUUGAAGUCCAUGUAUACCUAGAGUAAGACAUUGGUUGAACCCUAUAAAAGAAGAGCCGAAGUCGUGUGAAUUUGAAGUUUGCGGAAAAGGGAGCCAUGAAGAGUAAUGAGCCUCGUUCAAGCUCUUCUUGUGCAGCUUGUAAGUUCUUGAAGAGAAGGUGCACUCCCAAUUGCCAAUUUGCCCCAUAUUUCCGAUCGGACGAGCCCAAGAAGUUCGCUAACGUCCACAAGGUGUUCGGAGCAAGCAACGUGAUCAAGAUUCUGAAUGAAGUGCCAGAGGACCAGCGAGAAGACACAGUCAACUCGCUGGUCUAUGAGGCUGAGGUGAGGCUCAGGGACCCAGUUUACGGUUGCAUUGGAGCCAUAGCGUCUUUGCAGCGGAAGAUGGUGGAGCUACAACAAGAUCUGAUGGUUACUAGAGCUCAUCUUGCUUACUAUGAAGCCAAGCCCAGCAGCACAGCUUCUAAUUGUCCACUCUUGGAUUAUGAUCCUCUCAGUGUCAAUAUGCCUUCUGUUUUUGUGGACACUUCGGUGUCUGGUGGGUACUUGGACAGCUUCAGCCAGAAUUCCUUUGUCAUGGACCAAAGUGGAUCCACCAAUGAAUUUGGCCAAUUCCCAUUUCCAUGAUCACUUCUCUUUUUCAAAUUACGGUCUCUACGUUUACGCAUUUCCUUGUAUAUAUAAGAGGAAGAGCGGCUCAUUGUUAAAAGAAAAAAGACAAAUGAAGAAGAUACCGUAAGGCCAUAACCUAGAUUAACAAAUGGAGGGUGUAAACAACUUUUCCAGCAACUAGCAAGGUAUUCCAGUUGCCCACAAUACCAUAAAGCUCACAGCAUGAAAUACUCUACCGAGAACUAAUUCCGGGUGAUCACUGAGAAUCAACAAAUUUGCCAAAUAAAAUCAUACAUCAACGUUGAUUUCUUAUCAUGAUUGAUACAGAUUUUGGAUACAAACUAUGUUAUGAUGAUAAUCUAUUGGCAUUAAACAUACUGCAAUAACGGAAAGGUUAAUAGAGUAUUUCUUAGAUAUUUGCUAACUGAAGCUCCAGAGAAAUAAAUCCAUAAGUAUCCAGCAGCUUCUGAGAAGUACAGUACUAGUUAGCUGGGUACAAAGGAAACAGAGUUCUUUUACGGUGGUUCCUGAAACUCCGUCCCAGCUUGUUAGUUACUACUUUAUCCGGUGAUGUGCCCACCAUGUGAUAGAAUCCCGCCAGGCUUCAGUGUUCUGCCCCAGCAACGAUACAACAGGCGACAGGCUAAUUACAGCAUCAUUUUUUCCCCUCAAAGAUGAAAACCAUGUUGUCAAUUUUUGCCGACAUGCAAUGACCUGCUUGAUGAAUGAUGGAGCAAAUAGGGAAAGUGUAAUUAAGUACGUGAAUUAAUCAUCCAUCAGAGAUGAGCCUCAAGGUGAAAUUUUCAUA